CUGCAGACGCUCCGGACACCGCGCGCUCCUUCACCUCACGACCCAGAGAAGAUGUUCUGCAGACGGGCUUUGCAGCGAGUCCGGCCGCUGGCACGGAGGGCGUUCCCCCCCGGGGCCAGGCAUGCCCCCGGGCGCCACAUGUCCUUCGGGGUCCCGAGUAGCUCCAGCAACCUGGCAUACGUGGUCCUGGGUGGAGGAGGCCUCACUGCUGCAGUGGUUUAUGCCUACAAGACGGUGCGCGGGGACAGCGAGCCCCACGAGGACCGACUCGCCAGCAUGGCCCCGGCAGACGAGGCCUCAGAAGUAGCGGCUCCUGAAGCCGACCCGGUGGUGGUGGAGCAGGUGGAGGAGGCGGCGCCGGCCCCCGAGGUCGUCGCCGAGUCGGCCCCCGCCGUUGCGGAACCUGAAGCCGAGGCCGUCGCGGAACCCGUUGUCGAGUCUGAGGCUGCAGAGGUGGAGGCCGCUCCGGCUGCAGAGGUAGAGGCCGUUCCAGUCUCGGAGGAGGAGGUCGUCGUCGUCUCAGAGGCUCCUGCAGAGGCCCCUGAGUCGAUGCCAGAUCGGCUCUUGGCCCUGAAGCUCUUGGCCGGCUCUCCAGUUGAGAUGGCGGCGGCUUCUGUUGGGGACACGAGUCUGGGGAGAGCUGUGGCCGAUGGGAAAAGUUUGGACUUCACGCCGGAGGCGGUGGAGCCAGAAGGUCUGGAAGCGACCACAAAGAUGGCGGCUGAAGAAGAAGAGGCCUCUGCCCCAAAGGAGGAGAAGGUUGUAGAAGAAGAGGCCUCUGCCCCAGAGGAGGAGGUGGAGGAGCUGGUAGUAGAAGAGGCCUCGCCUCAGCCGGCGGCCGCCUCCUCCGGGUCGGACCUACAGGUCCUGGCAGCCGCUGGACCAGAAGCUGAAGCUCCAUCAUCAGCAGCAGCAGUGGAGGUGGAGGUGGAGGUGGAGGUGGUGGCGCCACCUGCUGCUUCGGGAGUGCAGUGCGCCGGAGAGGAAGUUGUGGAUAUAAUAAAGGAGGUGGAGGAGCUGGUGGAGGGACAAAAGCCAGCGGUGUCUAUCUGGACAGUAAAAAGCUGCUCAGUGAUGUAAUAGUUCAGAAGCCUCAGAGGCUCUGGUGGCGGUGGCGGCCCAGUCGUGACGUGUCGGACAGAACCUUCCAGAACACGAGGGAAGCUGGUCCAUAGCGAUGUGUCCUUUUUAUUGUCUUCAAAGGUGUUUUUUUAAUGUUUCCUAUCUUCUUUAGCAUUUGUGAAAUGACUCCCAUGAUCUCUCUUGUCCUCUAGGUGUCCCUGUAGCAAAGCUUUACUUUUUAAGCUUUAUAUUUAUGUAUGUGUUGUUUCUGAUGUAGUGGAAAGGGGUUUGUUGUUUAUGUAAUGUCGUAAUAUAUUUAUUUUCAUAGAUAUAAUCAAUUUAACAAUAUCGACCAACCAAGAUUGCACAAGGAUUUUUUUUAAAUGGGGGAUUAGUUAAUUCGAUUAGUUGGGUGCAGACAUGAAUGACUAGUGGUUUAAGAGAUUACGCUGUCAUUGUGUUGCUAAUUUGAAAGUGAAAUCAUGACAUAAAAUACUAGUUACACAUAUUGCACCUAUGCUUAUAUUUUGCUUUUAAAAUUGACUUUAACUGAUAGUAACGAUAGUGUAUCUAUAUAUUGGUAUUUAUCCAUGUUCUUCUUCUUCUUAUUUUUUAGAUAAUUGUACCUUUUGCAACAAAGUGAGGAUAUACAUGAUGUACAGGUUAAUUUAUCAUCAUUAUUAUACAUCAAUUAAAAAUAUAACGACAUAUUAAAUAGUGCAUAUACCUGUUUGUAUUUAGUUAAGUAUAAUGUGCAUCAUGUGUUCAUGCAAACAUUUGAAAUAAAGGGAUGUACAAACAAUUCAA